AGGUUAUUUGGAAAGGGAGUUCUUUGCUGAACAGAACAGCACAAGAUGACUUAAGAUUCCUGCUCUUCAUGGGAGCCUGUCUGGAUUGUCCCUGCAGAAUGCUGCAGCUUCCUUCCCUCUUCAGUGUUCUUGGCUUGUGGAGUCAUAAACCUCAGUGGAACUUCGGGUGGAAAUACUGACGUGAAUUUAAGAACUUUGAUGCUUUCAGACGUUGAAUUUUGAUUUGUUAAAUGACCAGGAAUAAGAUACUGCCUGAACAAGAUGAAAUGCCUUGAAGACCUUUGGUUCUGCUUUCGUUUCUCCUGAAGCAAUGGUUUUCUCAGCAAUGUUGACGCUGGCCCACUCUGGGACCUCAAACACUACUUUUAUUGUUUAUGAAAAUGCCUAUACGAAUUUUACCACUCCCCAGUUCUUGCUUCAUAGUGGCACAACACAGCCAUUGAGAUAUAGUUCAGGUGCCGUGCUCACCACUGAGAGAAGUACUUUUCUGGUAAACGCUACGGCUAUCCUGCCACUGCAAGAAGUUUUCAGGAGCUUGAGUUUGCCACUCCAGAUCAUUCUUUCUGCUGCUAUGAUAUUUAUCCUAUUGGUUUCUUUCCUUGGAAACUUUGUUGUCUGCCUCAUGGUCUACCAGAAGGCAGCUAUGCGAUCUGCAAUUAACAUCCUCUUAGCAAGCCUGGCUUUUGCAGACAUGCUGCUGGCAGUGCUGAACAUGCCUUUUGCUCUGAUAACAAUCAUUACCACUCAGUGGAUUUUUGGGGAUAUAUUCUGCAGAGUCUCUGCCAUGUUCUUCUGGCUCUUUGCCAUAGAGGGGGUAGCCAUUCUUCUUAUUAUUAGUAUUGACCGAUUUCUUAUCAUAGUUCAGAGGCAAGAUAAACUGAACCCUUAUCGUGCAAAGAUUCUCAUUGCGAUUUCCUGGGCGGCAUCCUUUGUUGUUGCUUUUCCGUUAUCGGUAGGGAAUCCUAAUCUGCAGAUACCCUCAAGAGCACCUCAGUGUGUUUUUGGCUACUCUACAAGCCCAGGUUACCAAGCCUAUGUGAUAGUUAUCUUGCUAAUAUCUUUUUUUAUUCCAUUCCUGGUAAUGCUGUAUUCUUUUAUGGGCAUACUCAACACCGUCCGCCACAAUGCAGUUCGUAUCCAUAGCCACCCUGAUAGCAUAUGUCUCAGCCAGGCCAGCAAACUUGGUCUCAUGAGCUUACAGAGACCUUUUCAGAUGAAUAUUGAUAUGAGCUUUAAAACUCGUGCCUUCACAACCAUCUUGAUUUUGUUCCUUGUCUUCAUAGUCUGUUGGGCACCCUUCACCACUUACAGCCUUAUUGCCACAUUCAACAGCCACUUCUACUACAAGCACAACUUUUUUGAGAUAAGCACUUGGCUCCUUUGGCUCUGCUACCUCAAGUCUGCACUGAACCCACUGAUUUACUACUGGAGGAUUAAGAAAUUUCAUGAUGCAUGCUUGGACUUGAUGCCCAAAUAUUUCAAGUUUUUGCCACAGCUACCUGGCCACACAAGGCGGCGCAUUCGACCCAGUGCCAUCUAUGUGUGUGGGGAGCAUCGCAGGUACAGUGGUGGCAGGAGACACUGGUGCUGGUGGCAGGAGGAGGUGGAGGUGCCUGGAGAAGCUGUGGAGCCAGCAAGCCUCUUUCACCUAGUGCCACUCCUUCCCAUCUUGAGUACAGUUUGGAACAUCUGUGAUGGGAUGAGGGUGAGUUUUACCACCUUUGGUUGUAAGAGUAAGGCUGUCAGGGAAGAGCUGUUAACAGGAGCACGUAUAUUUGACUUCACUGCUAGUGCAGGGUUCUGUUUUAUUCCCCAGUAGUGUUACAGGUUUUAUUCCACCUCGUCUUUCAGCAACUGAGCUACAACAGUCUAUAACUAAUUUGUGGCUGAAUAAGAAUCCCUAAUCUGACUUGUGUCUCUGUGAGUGCGCUGGGCAUGGGACCUGCCAGUGAGCAUCCGCCAGGACAAAAGUUCCUACAGCUUGCUCUCAAACAAAAAUGGCACCCAUGGAGACAAAGCACAACUCUGCUUGGAUAUGGGGGGGAAAAGUCCGUGACUGUACUGCAUGGUGGAGGAAAAUGUGAGUUGUAAUGAGUAAUGAUUCUUAUAUGCCCCUUACAGAGCUGGUGUUUGUUUUUAAAAUGGAGUUAUGGCUACAGAAUAUUGAGUUGUGUUGUUCUGCUUUAUUGUGUGACAGUUAGUGAAUGCAGCUUGAUAUCAAAUUGCUAACAGAACCGCAGGUAAGUGACAUAGUAUUCAUAAAUAUCAAAGUAGAACUUGUUUCAGUUUUAUUUAUUUUAUUAUCCUGUCCAGAUAACCAGCUUUGCUAGUGAGUGGGUGCAGAACAUAGCAAUAAUGAGACAUACUCCUUGUUUAAUUGGUGAUCUGCCUUAAAUAGAUUACUGCAAUUCAGACCUCUGUGGUUGACCUGAAAUAAAAUUAAACCUGUUCCCAAACAUGAGUAGGAAUUACACUAACACUGCCCUCCCUGUCUGUUGAAGAUCUGUUCCUCCAAGAGGCAGUUAAUCUGAUCUCCAGAGGGGAUGUAAUCACAGCUGUAAUGAAUGUAACGGUGUCUCCUUUUGAUUUACCAAGCCUAGCCUCUGUGUCAGAGACAGAAUGGAGAUUUUGGUGGCUGAAGGUAUUGUCUAAACACCUGGGAUGGCGACAGGGAGCUGCUGAAACUUAGAGGUAAAUCUCAGUGAUAGAGUUUAAGCCCUGCUGUUCUUUGGCAUGUCUGUACUGUCUUUUUUUUUUAAAAAAAGUAAUUUCUUUCAAAGGAAGAGAGAUUAAGUGGCAUCUCUUCUAUCAUCUCUUACUUCUUUAUUGACUUUUAACUGUGAGAAUAGUAAUUUUGAAUUUAGUUCCUGGCACUUGGAUUUCCUUCCCUUCCUCACUGGAGGAGAUUUGAAGCCGU